GCUGCAAGCGUUUGCUGUGAGCCUGCACUUGCAGAUUGCACGCUCAGCAACGGGGCUAUCCCGUCUACCUUCUGUGCCAACAAACGAACUUUUCCCUUACAGACCCGGAGGUCGUGCUGCGUUCGCUGUUGACGUUGACAGCUUGGCCGACCUACACCCUCGACAGCGCAUUAGAUGUAUGUCCCAGGUGUAAGCCCACGUUCGAGUGGCAGCGUGACAGCGGUCCGCGGAUGAUAGAGCACGUUGGCGUCCACAUCCUUUUGGAUGAUGGGCUGGAUUGUACCGUCGAGUUGUGUGGGUUCUGCAUGCAACCAGCGGCAAAAUCUGGGUGCGUCUUUUAUCUCCGGCCCACCAAAGGAUCAGCAGCGGCCACUUUCCAGGUCGACCUCACCCGCUCAUCAUGCCCGAACCUCAUCUAUUUCUCGUAUCACUCCGCCGCAACAACAAGUGACAGCACGCCUUGCUCAAACGUCCCCAUCGCCUGCCCUAUUUGCUCUCCCACUAACAAGCUCGCCAUUCGCAAUCCGGCCGUCUGGCGGUACUUGAUGGUUGCCCACCUACGUAUCCACCAUGCAUCAUCUCAGCUGCUCCCCCCUCUCGUCGAGAAGUUUGAGGUUCCCCAGGAGGAGAUUACAAAGAUGGAGACGUUCGUCUGGCAGAAACGGUUCAUCAAGUCGCGCAAGUCACGCAAGGCAUAUCAAACACUCACCAUCGCAGUCUCGGACGCGCACCGAACAUCACAGCUGGCCUUAAACGCGAGCGAAGACGAUCACGAGGGUCUUGCACUCGCUGAUGAGCAAGGCCCGAGCGACGGCGUCCAUCCGGACAGCGUGAACGUCGUGGAUGGCGCAGUCAACGAUCACGAUUCGAACGUGGUGUCAGAUGUCGAGGAUGAACCGGCUGUGCACGAGGAUUCACUCGACGCGCCUGAAUCCGUCGAAAAUGACGUUGUCACACGCGCCGGCUGGAAAAGUCGCAAGCGCGACCUCAACGCGAUGCUGCGUGUGUGCGACUGUGACAAGGUUGUUACGCCAAAGGAGAUCAGCGACGGUGUUGCAAUCCGGUGCAAAUACAAUCGCUGCAAGACAGGAUGGUUCCACUUGACUUGUAUGUACUUGGACCACGUCGUGAGCGAUUGGCGGUGCCAGUCGCACGAGCGGCCCAUUAAGAAGGCUAAACGUGGUGGCAAGAAGUAGUGCGGCGCUGCCCGCCAUGUUUUAUUCAUGUAUUUUAUUGGAUAUCUUAUGUUUUCAUCGUAUGUUUAGAGGUCGCGGAUGUAUUAUGUCAAGUAGCUGACGUAGGUGACCAAAUUGGGAUGUACCUUCCAUAUAUAGAAAGGGGGGAGGGGGGGUAGUGGCCGGAGUGGCCUUACGAAAUUUACAAACCC